UUGUUUGCCAAAUUAAAUAAAUUAAUCACUUCUAGAUCCAUCCAAACAGAGUCUCAUCUCAUCACUCUUUGUUUCUCUCUUCACUCCAUUUCUCUGCAUCAUCAUCUUCCUCCAAGAUGCAAUACAACAAUCUCGGAAAAUCAGGUCUAAAAGUAAGCCAAUUAUCCUACGGAGCAUGGGUAAGUUUCGGAAACCAACUCGACGUCAAAGAAGCCAAAUCCUUACUCCAAUGUUGCCGUGAUCACGGCGUUAAUUUCUUCGACAACGCAGAAAUCUACGCAAACGGAAGAGCAGAAGAGAUCAUGGGACAAGCAAUCCGUGAACUCGGCUGGAAAAGAUCAGACAUAGUCGUUUCCACCAAGAUCUUUUGGGGUGGUCAAGGUCCAAAUGAUAAAGGACUUUCGCGGAAACAUAUCGUGGAAGGCACGCGCGCUUCUCUUAAGAGACUUGAUAUGGAAUAUGUUGAUGUUAUUUAUUGUCAUAGACCUGAUGUUUGUACUCCUAUUGAAGAAACUGUUAGAGCUAUGAAUCAUGUUAUUGAUAAGGGUUGGGCUUUUUAUUGGGGGACUAGUGAAUGGACUGCUCAGCAGAUUACUGAAGCUUGGUCUGUUGCUCAACGCUUGGAUUUGAUUGGUCCUAUUGUUGAACAGCCUGAGUAUAAUCUCUUGAACAGGCAUAAGGUUGAGAAUGAGUUUCUUCCACUGUACUCAUCUUAUGGAAUAGGUCUCACCACUUGGAGUCCACUUGCAUCUGGAGUCCUCACUGGAAAAUACAAGAAAGGAGUUAUUCCCCCAGAUAGUCGUUUUGCUUUGGAAAAUUACAAAAAUCUUGCAUCUCGAUCACUGGUUGAUGAUGUGCUCCGAAAGGUUGAUGGUUUAAAGCCAAUAGCAGAUGAGCUAGGUGUGCCAUUAGCUCAACUCUCAAUUGCGUGGUGUGCUGCUAAUCCUAAUGUUUCCUCAGUUAUCUGCGGUGCUACCAAAGAGUCUCAGAUUCAAGAGAACAUGAAGGCUAUUGAUGUCAUUCCAUUACUGACUCCUGCUGUGAUGGAGAAGAUCGAGGCUGUUGUUCAAUCCAAACCAAAGCGCCCGGAUUCAUAUAGAUGAAUUUCAGGUUUUCCAUAUGCAACACAACAUAUAUGUGCAUUCAUUGGAAAGUUUCAUGAUCCCUUUUCAUGGGAAAACAACUUUAUGUUACAGUUAAUUGUUGUUAUUGAUGUGGUUUCCUCCUCUUUUCCUUUUUAACUGUGGUACUAAUUAUGGUUUCUUAUUUAUGGGUUUGAGUUCUCCAAAUGGGUUUUAGGAGCUAAAUAUACUCAAGGAUAUUGGUUUACAUUAUCAUCCUAGAUUAAUAUAUGCUUAUGGUUUGAUAGUUUUUUCUUUUAAA